CUCUUUUUUCUGUAAAACCCUAAUUUCCGACAAAUUUGAAGUUUUUUUUAGCAGAUUCAAUUCCUAAGAAUCAGUGCGAGAAUUAGCUUUGAUGGAUUCUGGAGAUGAUAGUGAUAUCCCAAUUGAGCCCAAAAAGGGGAAAUCUAAGACUCCCAGAAAAACUAAAGAAAGCGUUCUCAAGCAAAAAUCACCAGCAGAAUUUUUUGCGGAGAACAAAAAUAUUGCAGGAUUUGACAAUCCUGGGAAGUCCCUUUAUACUACUGUGAGAGAGUUGGUUGAAAAUGCUCUUGAUUCUUCAGAGUCUAUAUCAGAGCUUCCUGUUGUGGAAGUUACAAUAGAAGAGAUAGGGAAGAGUAAGUUUAAUUCUAUGAUUGGUCUCAUUGACCGGGAGCGAGUUGAUCAGGAAUUAUAUGAUGAUUACGAGACAGCUAAAGCUCGUGAGAAACGGCUGGCAAAGGAAGCCCGUGAUCUGGAAAUCCAUGCAAAAAAUGCAGCUUUGGGGAAGAAAGUUAAAGAGACUGCUGCAAAAGCUAGCAAAGGCCGUGGUGAAGCCUCUUUUUUCAGGGUGAUAUGUAAGGACAAUGGAAAAGGAAUGUCGCAUGAUGACAUACCUAAUAUGUUUGGGAGAGUUUUAUCUGGAACGAAAUAUGGACUGAAACAAACACGUGGGAAAUUCGGAUUAGGGGCUAAGAUGGCUUUGAUUUGGUCCAAGAUGAGCACUGGACUACCUAUAGAAAUAUCAUCUGCAAUGAAAGGCCAUAAUUAUGUAUCAUUCUGCAGGCUGGAUAUUGACAUUCAUCGGAAUAUUCCACACAUUCAUUUACAUGAAAAACGUGAAAAUAAGGACCGCUGGCACGGAGCUGAAAUUCAAGUUGUCAUUGAGGGAAAUUGGACUACCUACCGGUCUAAGAUAUUGCAUUAUAUGCGUCAGAUGGCUGUCAUCACCCCUUAUGCUCAAUUUGUCUUCAAAUAUAUCUCAGAAACACCUGAUAAAAAUGUGACCAUAGGAUUUGCACGAAGAACUGAUGUAAUGCCUCCUGUACCCAUGGAAACUAAGUAUCAUCCAUCUGCUGUCGAUCUGUUACUCAUUAAGCGGCUUAUUGGUGAAACUUCAAAGCAGAAUUUGCUACAGUUUCUUCAACAUGAUUUCGUGAAUAUAGGAAAACCUCAUGCUCAGCGUCUGAUUGGUGAAAUGGGCCCAGAAUUUAGCCCUAAAAUGGCUGUAAAAUCACUUACCUCGCAGCAGCUCGUUCGCAUACAUCAAUUGUUUCGUCAGGCUAAAUUUGGUGAUCCUAGUGGAGAUUGCCUCAGCCCUGCAGGAGAGUACAAUCUUCGUUUAGGAAUAAUAAAAGAGUUGCAUCCCGACAUGGUUGCUACUUACUCUGGCAGUGCUCAAGUAUUUGAAGGCCACCCUUUUCUUGUGGAAGCUGGAGUCAGUGUUGGUGGCAAAGAUGUUAAACAAGGUUUAAACAUCUUCCGGUUUGCCAACAGAAUUCCACUUCUCUUCGAGCAAGGUGCUGAUGUUGUUACAAGGACGGCUAUAAAGAGGAUCAAUUGGGGCAGUUACAAAAUUAACCAGAAUCAGGACAAGAUCGGAGUUUUUGUCAGCAUUGUUAGCACAAAAAUCCCAUUUAAAGGGACUGGUAAGGAAUACAUUGGUGAUGACAUAAGUGAGAUAGCUUCGGCGGUCAAGUAUGCUAUUCAGCAAUGUUGUAUCCAGUUGAAGUCCAAGAUAGUGAAGAGAAUUCAGGCCAGGGAGCAGCAGGAAAGAAAGAGAAAUAUGAGCAAAUACAUUCCAGAUGCUGCAAAUGCCAUCUAUGAUGUGCUUAAAGAGGCGGCACAAUUGCAUGCAUCAAAAAAGAGAAAAUAUGAAGGCGAGGAUGCAGAAAUACUGAGAAAGGUGUCAACUCGUGCUUUAACAACAGAGACACUUAAAGAGAAACUCGCUAGACAUGUUGAGCAGGUCGAUUAUGAAAUGGCUCUUGAAUACGCUACACAGGCUGGAGUUAGCGAUGAACCUAGAGAAGCUUUUCAUGUACAGUCACUAGAAUCAGAAAACAACUUCAUUGACCUGCAUAGUCCUGUUUUUGUUUUCAGACUUUUCCAGUAGGAUCAGGUAUAAGCUCAUACUGUAUUUCUGUUAUAAAAUAUAUUCACAUUUAGGGAGUUGUAAUUUUUUUUUUCUUUAUUUAUUUGUAAUUUUCGGUUGAAAAUAUGCUAAUAAAAAUUUGAGUUGAGUGAAAGUGGUUACUCCCGAACUAACUGUAUUCUUUUAUAGUCUCUAAGAUUGUAUAGGCGUUUUGUUAUUUUUUCACCUUCCAAUAUGUAAUGGAAGCUUUGAGACUGGAUGUAAAAGUUACACCAAAUGCUAGGUGUAAAAGUACACAGAAUGAUAUAGAUAGAACAAUUUCAUUGUU